GUCUCUUCUCACACUGCUGCUUCAGAGAUGGAUCAACCACCAUGGCCAGUGCUCCAAACCAAGUCCAAGCCAAACUCCAGCAGCAGAACUCCCCUCAACCCAAAGAAGCUUCCCAUCUCCAUUCUUCUCUUCUCCCUCCCCCUCCUCUACGUCUCUCUCCUCCGCAUCCCUCCCUCCACCCUCUUCACCGACACCGCCUUCUGGUUCGUCCUCUCCAACUCCAUCGUCGUCGUCGUGGCCGCCGAUUCCGGCAUGUUCUCCUCCUCAAGCACCGCCGGCAGCGACCUCUACGACGAGUACAUCAAGCUGAAGUCACCUCCAUGGUUUGAAAGGGCUGCGGAUGCAAGCGCCGUAGCUGAGGAGACCGAAGAGAUCAGAACGGACUGCAGAGAGGAGGAGAGUGAGUAUUCGAAGAUGUCCAACGAAGAGCUCAACAGGAGAGUGGAAGAGUUCAUUAGGAGAUUUAAUAGGGAGAUGAGACUUCAGGUUAGAGACGAAUGAACGAGUAAUCACAGCUUUUUCUCAGUCAACACAAUCAUUGACUACAGCACUCAAGUCAACCCUGCUUCGAGUGUGUGUUCUACAGGAAAGUUAGUCCUCAUGUAGUAGUACCAAAGAAUGGCCAUAUCAAUUGAAAGCAAGCCAUUUAUAGCUUCUUUCUCCGAGUCAAAAGCUCCUCUGUUCAUCUUAUGGAAGUCACAUAUGUUUAGUAGGUUUCUUUGCGCUAUCUGUUUCUCCAUCAUAAAACAUGUUUGCUAAGUCAUAUGUUACAGUA